CACCAGCCUACUGUGUGUGCCUCCUGCUGUCUGCCCUGCUGCCCUGCUGCCAGGGUCUGAACCUGGACCUGGUCAACAUGUCCCUCUUCUCUGGACCAGAGGGAAGCUACUUCAGCUUUUCCGCUGACUUCUACCAGCUGCCUAACACAACGCUGGGGGUGGUGGUUGGGGCACCCAGAGCCAACUCCAGCCAGCCGGGAGUCAUCGAGGGGGGGGCUGUGUUCUUUUGUCCAUGGUCGUCCUCAGGGGGGGCUUGUGACGUCCUCAACUUUGACCUCAAAGGGGACGAGACCUUCCGUACUCCCAACCUGCAGCAGAAGACCUCCAAGUCUCAUCAGUGGCUUGGAGCCUCUGUCCGCUCGCUACAGGACCACAUCCUGGCCUGUGCACCUCUCUUCCACUGGAACGUGAAGACAGAGAGGGGCGAGUCAGAGAACACCCCUGUGGGAACCUGCCUGCUGCUCAACGUCCAGACAGGACAGUCGCUCCACUACUCUCCCUGCAGAGACAACCUAGUGGAGGCUGACUACAAAGCCCGCAAAUACAUAAACGACAGGCGCUACUGUGAAGCAGGCUUCAGUUCCGACGUCACCAAGGAUGACAGGGUGGUGAUCGGCGCCCCGGGGGGAUACUACUUUCAAGGUCAGGUGAUCAGUGCGGCGUUGCGUGACAUCAUAGACAGCGCUAAGACCAGUACGCCUGUCCGCUUCGUUCCUGGAGAGACCGUCUCACCAGAGACUGGUGGCUACGACCGUUACCAUGGUUACUCUGUGGCAACAGGGGAGCUGACUGGAGACACAUUAACAGAUUACGUGGUGGGAGUCCCUAAUGACAGAGACACUUCUGGCUCAGUGAAAAUCUAUGACGGGGACAGCAGCAGGAUCCUAUUGGUGCACCACACCUUCCCAGGCACUCAGGUGGCUUCCUACUUUGGCCACAGUGUAGCAGUGACCGAUAUCAACAACGAUGGGCUUGAGGAUGUGCUGGUGGGGGCUCCUCUCUUCAUGGAGCGUGUGUCUGGUCAGCACCUGCAGGAGGUGGGUCAGGUCAGUGUCUUCCUGCAGAGAGGGUACCCGUCCUUCCUGUCACGGCCCGACCAGGUGCUGGGCGGCACGGACGUGUACGGGCGCUUCGGCAGCAGCCUGGCCGCGCUGGGGGACCUGGACAUGGAUGGAUACAACGAUGUAGCAGUGGGGGCUCCGUCAGCAGGGGGGGAGGGGAAGGUGUUUAUCUACCUGGGCAGGAGGGAGGGCCUGUCCCCCCAGCCCUCCCAGGUGCUCCCCAGCCCCCACCCCCAGGGGACACGCCCAGCAGCCUUCGGCUUCACCCUGAGGGGGGGCACAGACAUUGACGCUAACGGGUACCCAGAUCUCAUAGUUGGUGCCUGGGGGGUGGACACGAUGGCUGUGUAUAGGGCCCAGGCAGUGAUAAUAGCCAGGACUGAGCUAUCGCUGUUGCCUGACUUUCUGAACCCAGACGUCAAACAGUGUGAGCUUCCCUCCUCCAACAAGCCCGUCGCCUGCUUCAUAGUGGAGAUGUGUGUGCAUGUGUCUGGACACAGAAUCCCCCUGGAGACAGUCCUGGAGGCGGAGCUUCAACUGGACAAGAUGAAACAGCCAAUGGCCAGGAGGACCCUGCUGAUGCAGACCAAUCAGCCGCAAGAGCAUUUCCAGCUGACCAUUAAGAGAGAUGUGGGCGUGGUCUGCAGAAACUACACCGCCUACCUAAGGCCUGAGUCAGAGUUCAAGGACAAGCUGAGUCCGAUCUUCAUCUCUCUGAACUACAGUCUGCUGGACUCCCAACAGGCUGUGCUCCAUGGACAGAAAUCUGUGGUUGCCCAGACCAGGAUCAUUCUGGACUGUGGUGAGGACAACAUGUGUGUGCCAGACCUCCAGCUGAUAGCCGAGGCGGGGACAGAGAGCCUGGUUGUCGGGGACGACCACCCAGCGUUGGUGAUGGUGACAGCAGAGAACAGGGGAGAGGGAGCCUACGAGACGGAGAUGGAGAUACGCCCCCCUCCCAACACACACUACCAGAGUGUCCUGCCUGUCAGAGAGGACCUGAGCAGGCUGGUGUGUGUCCAGAGGAAGGAGAACCAGACAGUUCUCAUCGUCUGUGAGCUGGGGAACCCUAUGAAACAAGGCCAGAAGCUCCAGGCAGGUCUUCUCUUCAGCGUCAGUCAUCUGGAGGAUGUGGAGAAUCAUGUCACAUUCAAACUACAGAUCAAAAGUAAGAACAGCCAAAGCCCGGACAGCAACGUGGUCAAUCUGAGGAUCGGUGUCAUUGCCAUGGCAACACUGGAGAUGAGAGGUGGCUCCUCCCCCCUGGAGUGUGUGCUGCCCGUGACCAGCUGGCAGCAGAGCGAGCAGCCACACAGUCUGGAGGACGUGGGUCCUCUGGUAGAGCACGUAUAUGAGCUACGUAACCUCGGCCCCAGCACUGUCAAUGCCAGACUGGAGGUGAAUUUCCCAACACGCCAAGAUGACAAGUACUUGCUGUAUGUGUUCGCAAACGCUUCAGAAGAGCUCCUUUCCUGCCACAGUAACUCCUCGGACAUUGACCCCUACAGGCUGGCAUCCAACGUAACAGAGCGAGCCAUGGAGAGCUUCCAGCAGCACCCAGAGACACACCAGCAUGAGCCUCCACAAAGAGGAACCAUCCUCGUGAACUGCAGCGGAGGGGAAGGAUGUGUGAGGUUCGUGUGCGAGGCCACUGGUCUGCAGCGUGGCUGGAGCUCUGUGGUCAGGAUCUCCGCUCGACUCUGGCUCCAUACCUUCACGCAGAGGCCGUACGUGAACUUUGACCUCCGGUCCUCCGCAAAGUACGAAGUCACAUCUACAGCUUCCAAGAUCCAACCCCAGGACUUGUCCAGUGGACACGCCGAGACUAAGACCAGUGUUCUGUGGAGGAGUCCGGAUGGUGAGAAGGAGGUGCCAGUGUGGUGGAUAGUUGUGUCCAUCAUCUCUGGCCUUCUCCUGCUGGCUCUGCUCUGUUUCAUCUUCUGGAAGGUGGGGUUCUUUAAGCGUAGCCGCCCCCCCAGUGAUGAUGAUGAUGAUGAUGAGGAGGAGCUGGCAGCAGAAUCAGAAUACGCCCAGAUGCCAACCGACACACACAAAUAGAUGUCUAUUCUACUGUUGUGUUCACAUUGUCUUGUUAUUGUACUAUACAAGAAUGUCACUUUUGUCUAGCUGAAUGCUAUUGUGUAUCACUGAGCUUUUUAGAUACCUUAGAUACUUCAGGCCAUCAUUGUAAAUAAGAAUUUGUUCUUAAUGAUCUUGCCUGGGUAAAUAAAGGUUAAAUAAAAAUUUCAAAAAAUACAGAUUUUAACAGUAGCAACACGUUUAUUGGGAAAAGUCAAUACUGUACACAACUGUAGUACUCAGAAAAAUUUAUGCAUUUUGUAUGCAUAGAGUACAUUUGUUUUUGUAGCAAUGUGUUGCAUGUAAACAGAAUAUUCACAUUUGCAUGUAAUUUUUACAUAUGUAAACUCAUAUAUAGUGAACAGAAAUACAAUCUUUUUUUCUUUUUCAAUAAAUUCAUUUUAUACAUUUAUACCUUUCCUCUCGCAUUGUAAUUUAUGUCAGUAAUGCUUAUUCGGAACAGACGCUUUAAGCACAUUGCAAUUACACAAUAUUACACUAUUUGUAUCUCUUGUACUAUUUGUAUUUUUAUAUUGUAAAUUAUUUGGCUACUUUAUAUUUUAUUUUAUAUUUUUUAUUAGUAUUAGGUAGACUUGUACCUUAAGUAUAGUUAGACCACAUAUUUACGUUUUAGGAUUCCUAUAUGUUUAAUGUAUGCACCUUCCUGCAAAAGUAAAUUCCUUGUCUGUGCAAACUUUCAUGGCGAAUAAAACCCUUUCUGAUUCUGAUUA